GACUUACUGACCACAUCAUCUGAACUAUUACCUAAAGCAUCAUGCAGUCACCUGGGAAAUCUCUGAAGGAAGCUCUGCUCUGCGCUCAGGCUGAGGAGCGACUCACUGUUGGAGUCUACGAAAGCGCUAAGAUCAUGACUGAUGAUCCAGACAGCGUGUCUUUCUGCGUCUUGGCCACCGAUCAUGAGUUUGACAUCGCUCUGCAGAUCCACUUCACCCUCAUCCAGUCCUUCUGCUUUGACAACGACAUCAGCAUCGUCAGAGUGAGCGACAUGCAGCGUCUGGCUGAGAUCGUUGGAGACAAGGCGGAGCAGCUUGAAGAUGCCCACUGCGUCCUGAUCACGAACCCAGCUGAAGGGUCUUGGGAGGACCCUGCUCUGGCGAAGCUGCACCUGUUCUGUGAGGAGAGCCGCAGUCUCAACGACUGGGUUCCUGAGAUCAGCCUCCCCGGGCGCUGAUCGGGCCUCGGCUCCUCUCUAUGCUCAGAUGCUGUUAAAGCUUCUCAUCUAGGAAUACUCAUCGUGACGGAUGACCCUGUUUCUGCUCAUCCCUGGAUACUCCUGAGGAGGAUUUCCGUCCAGGCAGCACGGCGCCGGCCCAAGGUGGCCCCCCGUGAACUGUCGCCUCUUGUCCCGUCCAUGCCAAGAUGACUCUCCUUCUUUAUGUGAAUGAGAGUCCGGUAUGCCACAAGAGCGACGCAUCGACCCUCAUUCUUUGUGUGGAUGAGGUUUGGAGAGGGAGGAGAUGCGAGUUUUGCGUCCUGUGGUCCCACAGAGCAAACGUCGCACGUUGAAAGCACGCGCAGCAGGCGAAGAAGCGGUGCUGAGGAAGAGGUUGUCUAAAAAAGAGACUUUUUGAAGACGACCUCUUCGCUGAGCAUCAUGACAACAGUUGCAAUCAGCGGAUAUGUUUCCCACUUUCCAGAAUUGUCUUAAUUCUCUAAAGGUUUCACUUUAGAAAUUUAACGAUGACAACAAAUAUUCUAAAAUAUAAAAAAACAACAUUAAAGACAAAGUUUGUUCUCUAAAGGUUUCACUUUAGAAAAUGGCUUUCACGUUAAUGUUAUGAAUUGAAUUAUGAACUGAAGAAAUAAACGGUAAAAAUAUAUAUAUAUAUAUGUUCUCAUCCUGUGGGAACAAAUAUUUGAAAGAAAUGACAAAAUAUUCCAUAAAAAAUAUUGGAAAAAUUGUAAUUAAAAAAUGUAACAUCAAGAGGAAAAUACUAAAAGUGUUUCAAUAACAGGAAUCCUGUUCGUCUGAAAUUUCAAGAUAAGAAAAAGUACUUCCUGAAGGUUUCACUUCAGCUCUAUUUAUCAAAUGAAAUGAUGUGUUCACUGAAUAUCAGAUUUAUUUGUGAGAUGAAAGAAAUAAAAUCUUUGAAUUCAA